UAGAAAUAUACAAUAUUGGGCAGGUAACAGGUUGGCUUCACUUGGAGUUGUAAGAGAGCGCGAAGGAGAAAAGGAAAUGGCUUGUAUGAAUAAUAUAUUCACACCGUUUCCACUCACCGCCGGUAACCGGAAUCCAACAAUUUAUUUUCCCCGGCGGCGACCGAACUCAGUUUGUUUGGUGGCAAAUUCGCCUGAAUCUCCUUCUCCUCCUCCGGAAAUAGAGCUGGAGUUCGUUGGGCCAAAACCAGAGGGUGAUGGAUCGUUUCCGGUGGAUAAAGUGAAAGCAAUAAGCGGAGAGAAGUUGAUGAGGAGUAUCAUGUCGGAUAACAAGAUUGACCUUUAUGCCACGUAUGGGAAAUUGAUGAACUGCGGUGGAGGGGGUAGCUGUGGAACUUGCAUAGUGGAGAUCAUUGAAGGAAAGGAUCUUUUAAAUGAAAGGACAAAUACUGAACUAAAAUAUCUUAAGAAGAAACCUGAAUCUUGGAGGUUGGCUUGUCAAACUAUUGUAGGGAACAAAGAAAACUCUGGCAAGGUUGUUGUUCAAAGGAUUCCUCAAUGGAAGAAGUAACAUAUCAAGCCAAGUUAGCACAUCCUGGAUUUUAUACAGUUUGCAUCACUAAUUUAUGAAAAAUCUUGCUUUGAUUUAAUGUAAACUUGCUAAUAUAUAUCUUCAUAUACUAUAUAAUUUCCCUUAUAUGUUUGUUGUAAUGAUUGUCACUUUGUUUCUAUUCUUUGUGGUACAAAUCUUUUUAUGAUAGUCUAAUAAUAUGUGUUCUAUCCAAUUCAA